GCCUGGUUCUGAAAAAGUAUUUAAGGCGGAUUUGGUACUUCUCGCCAUGGGCUUCCUGGGACCAGAGCGUGCUAUCGCCGAUCAGCUUGGCCUUACACUAGACGCUCGUUCUAAUUUUAAUACCAAAGAUUACAAAACUAAUUUACCAAACGUUUACGCGGCAGGAGAUUGCCGCCGUGGACAGUCUUUAGUUGUUUGGGCGAUCGCGGAAGGUCGUCAAGCCGCUAGAAAAGCGGACGAAUUUUUAAACAAGGGUGAAACUGCACUACCUGGCCCCGGUGGCAUUGUUCAACCGAAUUUAAUUCCAGUAGCUUGCCCAGUUUAAAAUGUUUUAAUUUUAUUUUGUAUUAGUGUUUGAAAUGUUAUUAAAGGAAGUAUUUAAUUAC